AUGGAGAUGUUCUCUUUGUGUACAUGGAUUAGCUAUGUGGAUUUUUCUUCGACAUUGUAUCUUGUCAUUAAUUGCAUAAAUAAAGCCAAACAUCAAUGUAACACUUUAAAGUUGACACAAAUUUGUGAAAAUCAUCGAAAUAAAUAUCACGGUGACUUUUAUCGGUUGUAUACGGAUGGUUCAAAAGAUAAAGACAAAAAUAGCGGUAUUGCAUUGUUUGAUCCACAAACAAAUGGCUAUGUUAAACUUAGUAUUGAUCAGAAUGUGUCUAUCAUGUUUGCCGAGCUUAUAGCUAUUGCAGAGGCUAUCGCUUACAUUAAAUCAUUACGGUCAGGUAAAUACGUAAUUAUGACAGAUUCUAAAAGUGCUCUUUAUCACUUAGCUCGGUGCAUCUCGACUUUUCCAUGUAGCCCAGUAGCAUAUGAUUUAAUAAAAGACCUUUAUAAACUAAGUAACAGUGAUAAAAUUAUAAAAAUUCAAUGGAUACCAUCUCACAUUGGUAUAUUUGGAAAUGAGGAAAGUGGACUUGCAAAGAGUGCAAUAAACGACGACCUUUACCCUCUGUAUUCUGAUUGUUUGUACAUUGUCAAAAGCAAAUGUUCAGACAUGUGGAAUGUAUACUUAGAUGAGAGAUCUUUGACUAAGAGUAUGUGGUAUAAGACCAUUCAACCUUACAUAGCUAAGUCGCCGUGGUUUGUUGAAUCCACAUUAUCCAGAUCAGACAUUGUAACCGCCUUACGUCUUCAAUCCGGACACAUCCCUUUAAACGGAUUUUUGUAUCUAAUUGGUAAAAUAAAUUCGCCAAAUUGCACCGAAUGUAAUUUAAAAGAAUACCUAUAUCACGUUAUGGUAAAAUGUGUUCGGAACGCAGUUGAAAGAUCAGUUUUGCAAGUGGAUUUAUAUGAGCUUGGUAAGAGUAACUGUAUUCUGGCUUAUCCGCUAUCUGAGGAAGCCAAAAUGCUGUAUAAUAUUGUGAAAGUAGCUCUUAGGCGUAGAUAG